AUGUAUGCCGCUGACGAUGAUAUCAUCAAUCGCGCCACGGAAAAAUUACUGACGACGAAGCUUCCAGAUAGACAAGCGAUUGUGAACUCCACGAAUACUGCGCUAGAGCUUCUUCACAAAUGUGAAAUUAUGAACCCUGACGACGAUGUUAUUAAACAAUUCAUUAAAUCUGUCAAAAAAGAGAAAACCAAAUUUCGUGACUUGACCAACAAGUCUUUAAAACAUAGCAUGCAAUUGUCCGACCAUGCUGACGAUAUGGCGGUCUACUUUCAAGCUAUAAUGCAAUCGGAAGGGCUUUCAUCUGACCAUUACUUAGAGUCAUUCGAAAACUCACUUACAGACGCUCAGAAUUUACAAAACGGGGCCGAACAGCUUCAGUCGGGAUAUAAAUCUAUUAUCGAACAUCUUCAAGAAAUCAAAGAAUCCUGUGAAGGGUAUCAGGAACACCUUGAACAAUGUGAAAAACUGGCCAUCGAAGAAGAAAGUUUACUGGCUGCAAAUGGGCCGCCUUCAUUCACAAACAUGUUUGCUGAGGUCCUUGAUGGAAUUGAAGAUGUGUCAACUGCCGUGCUACGUCGAAGCAAGAUUGCGAAGAAAUGGUUAAUUGUACUGGAUAUUGCUUUGCCUAUGGUUAAAGUAAUUGUCAUUAACCUAAUUGACGCCCUUCUUAAUGGGAAGAAGCAAGAAUUCAAGAAACAGUUGGCGGAACUUCAAUCGAUAAAGAAUCGCUCCAGUAAAAACCUUGAAAUCACCAGGGAGCUUAUCAAGAAUCUCAGCAACAUAAAAUAUCACACGUCCGCGUUCGAAACGUUUUGGUCAGCUCAAGUUACGGCUUUAAAGGAAAUUAUUCAUAGAUUUAGACGUCUUCCACAACAAUCGCAAACUUCGCAGUUGCUUCCGCAAACAAUUGUUGCAAUUGUAAAAAAGUACGAUAGAUUAAAGACAGAUUGUUCUAUCUACAGCAGGGAGGUUCGAGUAAUCUUAGAUCAGGAUGCUCAAAAUACAAUGUAA